AUGCCAAUGCACGACCUAGAUCGUAUCCUUGGAUUUUUCGUAUCAGGUAGUGUAGUCCUCGAAAAGUCAGGGAAGUUAUCGAUGGUGUCUACGUGUUCAACGAGUCCUCACUCGACGCCUGGGGACCCGCUCGGCAUCAAUUUUGAAAUCAUGAACAAGAUGUCCGCAUCACCGCUCAGCUCUCAUGAAAAUGACAAUAUGGCAAAUAUGCUUCACUCACAAUCACCCGGUCUCGAAUUAUCGAUUGGUGAGAUCACGGUCGCGUCAGCGGUCGCGAGUGAGAAAGCACGAAUGCGACAGCAAUCUGCCAUGCUUGACAAGGUGAGUUCAGUCGUAAAGCUGACUGCUCGGUGGCUAUAA